GGCGCGCAGUGGCCGCGCGGCUGGGAGAGGAGGUACAGGAGGAGAUCCUGUGGAAAGCAACUGCACUAUGUCCAGGAACAGCAGUGACUUCCAACCCUCUGCUAACCUGUUCGGGAAGAAUGGAGUGUUGGAGCAGAAAUCUCCAGGAUUCAAGAAAAGAGAGACAGAAGUGUACGUGGGCAAUCUCCCGCUGGAUAUCUCUGAGGAGGAAAUUCUGUGCCUUCUAAAGGACUUCAACCCUCUCCGUGUCCAGAAAAUCCAGAAUGGCUGCAAAUGCUUCGCAUUCGUAGACCUGGGCUCCGCGCAGAACGUGGCACUUGCGAUCCAGGAAUUAAAUGGCAAGCUCUUCCACAAACGAAAAUUGUUCGUGAAUACAAACAAGAGGCCCCCCAAGAGGAUCUCUGACUUGGCCAAGGUGCCCGAGGAGCUGCCGGGACCCUCUAGCACUGACCCUAGGAGGCCGGAGUGGAAGCAGGAAGACCCAUCUCAGGUGGUCCAGAUUUCAGAGCAGGCUUCUGGUGAAGGAAUUGCCCAAACUGCUGCAUGUGCACAGCUCACUCCCAGGGCUUCUGUUGACCCCUGCAAGACAGAGAAACCGAGGGCAGCCUCCUUUGCAGUUCCCAUGGAAAUGAGAGGCUCCUUCCUGGUGCUGCUGCUGCGGGAAUGCUUCCAAGACCUGAGCUGGCUGGCCGUCAUCCACGGCAUCCACGGGGAGGUGGGACUGCUGGUGACCAGCAUUGUCCCUCAGACCCCGUUUUUCUGGGCCAUGCACAUCACCAAGACUCUGCACCAGAACAUGCAGGCACUGUUCAGCUCCCUGGCAGAGGCGGAGGAGCAGCAGCCUUACCUGGACGACUCAGCCGUGCAGCGUGGCGCCCGCUGUCUGGCAGAGUACCACCUGGGCGAUUACGGCCACGCCUGGAACAGGUGCUGGGUGCUGGACAGAGUGGACACCUGGGCUGUGGUCAUGUUCAUAGAUUUCGGCCAGUCGGCUACCAUCCCUGUGCAGUCUCUGCGCAGCCUGGACAGCGACGACUUCUGGACCAUCCCGCCUCUGACUCAGCCGUUCAUGCUGGAGAAAGACAUUUUGAGUUCAUGUGAAGUUGUCCAUCGAAUCCUCAAAGGGAAAAUCACUGGCGCUUUGACCUUGGAGUCGCACAUCCUGAAGUUUGAGGUGUUUAAGUAACGGGGCUACCCUCACAUGCCCCCUCUCCUCGGAUCAGGAGCUGGCCUGCCCUGCCCUCUCGUUCCCCUUCGCUCCUGAGGCCUUGGAGGUGAAAAGGGCCAGACUGUGCCCAGGAUUGAUUUGAUUUCUGUUUUGCCUUUACCCCCCAGCUCACCUCUCAAAAAAGAGAGCAAAGUCUCAUUUGUCAUAUGUCUUCAGUUCCCCAGCUUGGCAAGAACAUUUGAACCAAACAUAGGAAGCUACCAGUAGGUUGAAAGUCUGAGGCAGCCUGUAUGUUCUUCCCGUGUCUCUUUGCACCUCAGAGCAUGACACAAGCCGUCCUAACAGCUUGUGAGAAUAGAGGCCCCAGCCUAGUUCUCCUGGCUUCCAUGUACAAUCAGGUAGAGAGCAUUUAACCAAUGAGCCAUCACGUUGGCAAAUAAAUGUUGGCAUGUUCCA